AUCAAAUUAAUUUUGCUUCAAGAAACAUAAAAUGGGUUGGCAGAAUUGGCAGAACAAAGCUAAAGAGCUCUUUGCAAUCUGCACCAUAACCCUCCUCAGCAUUUUACUUCCUCUUUCCUUUCUUCUUCUUGCAAGACUCUCUUGUUACAGUUAUUUAUUAAGCCUCGUUGGAUCUGAACCUACACAACCACCUUUGAAUAAUUUUUUUAUCUUCUCUCUUUUUCUAUACGGCAAUCCAGCAAUUCUGUAUUUUCUUGUUUCAAUAUUUAGCAUUGUGACGCUUCUUCAUGCCUUGACGGGUAAAAUUACCAUUUUAACCGAGUCAUCAGGUGAAUUUCACCGUCCACGUUUAUACACUGCAUGGAUUUUACUAUGCACAUUACAGGUAUGUGUAGGGUUAGGUAUUGAAGGAACCAUAACUGCCGGAAUUGAUGGUUACAGUUUUGAUACAGGGAUACAUACUUUAUUAAGUAGGGUUAUAUUUUUCUUGGGUUUGCAUGAGACUAUGCUUUAUUGGUGUAGAAUGGUGGUAAAACCGGUGGUGGAUGAUACUAUUUUCGGGGUGGCUAAAGAAGAGAAGUGGGUUCAGAGGGUGGCUGUGGCGAUGAGUUUUGGUGGGUUGUGGUGGUGGAGGUUGAGAGAUGAGGUUGAAUCGUUGGUUAUUGUGGCUGAGUCAAAAAGAGAGAUAUCGGUGGGAAUUGCUGUGGGCGACUUUCUUGGUUGGUGGCUUUAUUAUGUUACUGUAACAAUUGGCAUGAUAAGAAUUGUAAAAGGGUUAAUGUGGAUUUUUAUGAUUUUGCUUUGUACAAGGGCUAGAAGGAAUUCUAAUGAGCCUUGUGAAAUUGUAGACAAGGUCUGACAUCUGAAUGGACUCUUUUCACCGUAAAAAAAAAAAAAAAAA